GUGAUUAAGUUAGACCGAUUCUCCGUUGCAGGAACGUCAGUAAAGGAAGAGCUGCUCCCUGUCUCGUGUUGUGACGUUUCGUCCCAUUCAUCGUCUCUGUUACUUGUUACUUCAGCCACUGGGAGUACACGUUGCGUUGAGCAUCAACAGAGAGUGAAGAAAAUGUCCAUUCUAGUCAAGGUCGUGGGGAUAAUGGUCCUGAUAUCCUACGCUGAGUGCAGGCAGAAGAACUUGCGAGCAUCACCAAGGACUGAACUUACGAUACCAGACGCAAAUCCGGUCAGCCAGUUCUACAUCCAAGUGCUCAUGGCGACAAGUAUCUACGUCGGAAUGGUGUUCAUGGCGCGGGAGUUAACUUUCGGUUUCCUGGAAGGAUUGGCGCCGAUAUCGUUCCCGCCAAACACCUUCGAAGGUGUCUUACAUCGUCCUAUCGCUCCUCCGCCCCCUGCGUUCCCACCUCCUCCCCCUCCUGCCUUGCCUCCUCCUCCCCCUCCUGUCUUGCCUCCUGCUCCAAAGCCUUCAGCCUACCCUCCUCCUCCAGUAGUUGAACCUUAUACCAAACCUCCUGCGAAGCCUACUGACUCGUAUCUCCCUCCUAAACCUCCCGCUGAGCCUUAUACCUCGCCUCCUUCUAAAAAGCCUUCUACUUCCUCUCCUACAAAGUACACUUCGGCCUCACCUCCGGCGAAGGACUCUUCUACUAAGCCCUCUGGGAAUUUCGAUCCCUAUUCCAAACCUGAUCUUCAAGGCUACCACUACAUUGGCCCUUUUAGAUACAGAACCUUGGAGAGUAACGACUCUUUCAUUUCAAGGGUUCUUAAGAGCAUCGAUCCUAUGGAAUCAGCUUUCGCGUGGCUGAAAGUCGACGAAAGAGUUUGCAAAGAACGAGCCGUCUGCGAACUCCAGAAGGCUACAUCUACACUACCCCUCGUCAACACCGUUCUGGGAUACAUCAGACCGUCCAUCCCCGGCCUAAGCGAUUACAAGAAAGCGCAGGACGCCGGAGCAGCAUUGGAAGAUUGUGCUCUCCUCUUCUCGGAAUGCCCCUACUCCUUGUUGUAUUAACUUGCGGUGUUUCAGCGAUACUGUUUGGCGCCAAAUGCCGCUAGACGUCAGAUAAAGGAUUUGUUCAACACCUUUAUUUAAACUUCUUGAUAAAUUCUACAUACGGAGCAAUACAGACUAAUGUGUUGGAUAAGCUGAUAAAUAAGAAAGAACUGGGCAGCUUGUUUCUGUGAUUGACGUUUGAUUACCGAGAUAAAAAUGACUAUUGUUAUCUUUGCUCACGUAUAUCAAAUUUGCUCUUGGUUUUCAUGAAUCUUCGUAGUAUAUUUAUUUAGCAGAAAGCCUAAAAGCGAGAGUCUUGAAUGACAGGAAUACUGGACCUCUAUGAUUUUGCAAAUAAAAGUCAGUUGUCUUUCUUCUCGAAUCACCUGAUGGUUAAAUCUAAAUCAUAAUGCCUUUUCUUAUCUAAAGUCUUUCGUUUCAUACAAUUUAAACCAUAAGCAAGAUGGCUAAUGACAGCGUAGUAGUUUUUCAUAAUCUUAAGCGCAAAUUAGCUCACAAAACUACGGCCCAUCAAGGACUC